AUGCUAGCAGUUCCUGACGACACCGGCGAAAUGAGGUGAGCUUCGUUGAAAAAUCGCUAUGGACGCUGUUAUAAUGGGAUACAUCGUAAAGCAUAAAGCUUACGUGUUACAUAGAUUUUCCCUUCCUUGAUUUUAACUAGCAGCCAGACGUACUCCGCUUAAUAUUCUUCAUCUCUAGAAUUAUCAUGUAAAUGAUAUGGAGAGCGAAUGGUAACAUUGGGUCAUUUAUCGACGAUAAAACCUUUAUUGGUUUUCGUUUGGUCUCAUCGUGUUUUUAUUUCUGUGAGAGAGCUUCCUUUUAUACAUUAGAAAUUUUUCAGUAAGACUUACCUUAACCUAACAAAACAGUUUAUCACACGUCACUUAAAUAUUUUUCACGCUGUCAGAACCUCUCAAUGAUCAUGAUAAACAGAGAUCAGGAGCAAAUACUUUCAUAGCAUAAUGUAUAUAAACUUCAUUCUUCCAUUUAAAGGAAGUUUUGAGGCAACUCAAAGGUGAUUAAGCCUUUUUUCCUCUCAAGUUUGUUUCGUGGAAUAAUUCAAUGCCUUGCACCCUCUAAACAUACAUGUAUAUGCCUUCAAACAUUAAAUUACAAGACCAGUACCGGGCCUGCGAAUGAAACACAAUUAGUUCACUACUGGUUGGGUGAAAAUUUAUUUUGAAAUAAUUUUAUUCUCACCCAGUGGAAAAUUGUGGUACACUCUGUCUGAUCCUAUUUUUCUGUUUGCAGACUCUGGGGGGCACCCCCUCCAUUUAGCAGAGAUUCCUUCUUUGAUGACUUUUCUCCAUCUUUUUUUGAGGCUGAUGUAGCUGCCGAAGUUGAGUGGUUAGUAAUCACAACAUAUUUAUAGAGACUUUUAGAUUCUAAGACAAGGAUAACUAUGAGGAAAAGAUUUUGACAAUACUCAUCAUCAUGUGCACGAAUUAGCUUCAUUUUAGUGGGAAAAUGUAAAAGGCAUCAUCAUUAUACUGCAAGAAUGUCCUAGUUAUUGAAUAUUAGAAGCUUUAUCAUUUUUGUAAUCGGGAGAGGGCUACACCUCCUUCAAUUACAAUAACUGUGCUCACUUUUCUGGUGGAAAAAAGUACAGUGAAGCUUUUGUUAGUGUAUAUUUUUGGAGAAAAUAUGACAAAACUUUAAAAGUCAAGUCUCUUCUUUAUAGUCAUCCUUGUUUUCGAAUCUUAAAGGCCUCUAUUACUUAAAAUAGUUUAGUUCGCUGCUGGCAACCACCGAUUUGAGUUCCCCCCCAAAAAAACUAGUCCAUAAAACAGAACAUUAUGAUUUUCCUUUUUUUUAAAUUGAGUCAAGACUGAUGAAUAAACUGAUAUGCAGGGAAAUGUUAAAAAGACAGGUUUAUCAUGAGUUUGGCAAAAACAUUUAAAAGGCAAGGCAAAUUCAUAUUUUCAGCAACAGCUAUGAUCUUCAGCAAGUGAGUAAUUCUGGCUUGGGCGUAGCAUUCCACCAGUAUCUAACAGGAGUCAAUGAGCAUACUGCAGAUACUGUGUAUGCACACACUCUCCCCUGUUGCUUCUUUCCAUGAGGCAAGACUACCAUGUUUUGAAUAAAGUUGCUAGCCUGUGAGCAAGCUCUCUGGGGUGCUGUGGCGGUGGGGUGGGGAAAGGAAGGAGAGCUUGCAACUACGUCUCUAGAAUUUGAAUAUCUGCAUCGACAAAGUCAAUGCAAAAUGCUGAUUGGUGGAGAUGACAUUAGCAAUGAUGUCAUUACCCUUGGCUUGUGUUUUUCAAUGUUUGUUUACUUUCGCGGUUGUUUCCACUUUGUGCUAAUUGGCGGAAAUCUGACAGCUCAGUUGACUGGGAGCCACAGGAGAACUGGAGGUGGAAUUCAAAUUCCGGUGACGUAGUUGCAAGCUCUACUGCAUUUUUACACCUUGCCACCAGAGUGGCCCGGAGAGCUUGCUCGCAGGCUAUAAAGUUGCUGGUCCCUGCUCCCUGUGGAACAUUCCUGAGCCAAUGAUUAUAUUAUUUAGUUUUGUUAAGCACGUUUGUUAAUUUUAUUCUUGGAAUUUUCUUUGAACUUUUUGCUGUUGUUGUUCUGUAGUGGCCAAGAAGUAGACUGUAAGGAUGAUGGAAACUACUGGUACAGAGAAUCAACUUCUGCUGCAUCGUCUGUCAAUGCUUCAGAAUAUAAUUCUGAUGAUGGAUUUAUUGACAUUGAGGAUGAAAGCUUCAAAACUUCACAUUUUCCUGUAAGCCAAGCAGUAUUUCAACCUUGUAUUUGUAAACUUUUGUUUAUAAAAAACAUGAAAUGGAUGAAAACAUGACUUUUCUUGUCUCACUCUAAGUUCAUUGAUUUACAUAGUUCACUUCAUAAUUAACAAUAAUAUUAUUUACUUUAUUUCAUAAUAAUUAAUGAUUGCCUAACAUUUGUUUUCAACUUUGAUUGAGUAGUAGUUUAUUAAGAUUAAAGUAACAUGUCACAUCCCUCUACCCAUUUUUAUCAUGACAAGUUACAGUGUAGCAGUUCUACAGUACGUUUUUUGUAAAGUUCUUUUUUUUAUCUUGUUUUCCAGGGUUCAUAUUUAAACAUUGCUGAAUUGGAGAGAAAAUGCAGAGGUAUAAAUAAUAUGGUUGAGUAUUCUUAUAUCUUGAUCUGAUAGCAAAUACCUGAAAUGAUUGAAAAAUUAAGCUGGUCACAGUAAAGACCAUUCAAACAUUGGUCUGUUUGAGCUUUUUUGCCUUAAAGCUGGCACUUUUGAAAAUCUACAAUUUUAGAGAGCUUUGUAGGGAAAGCCAUCCCUCCAAUCAACACUAAGCUUUUCAUUCCUUUUUUCCAAUCAAACUCGAAUUAUUAUUUUGAUAGUCUAAAAAUCUAACACACAAGGUUGUCAUUAAGAGCCGGGGGCUGGGGAUUUUCUCCGGCUACUAAUAGAGUGGCCCUAGGCUACUUUUAUUGGAAAAUAGAAGAAAAAUAGAACCAAAAGAAAUCCCUAGCCUUUUGAUUCCCCGCCUACUUGUUGUAUUUACCCACCAACUUGAAAUCUUAGUGACAACCCUGAACACAUGAAAGAUUAUUGGAACUAAGUAAGCAACUUAAGCAGCUGCAGAAAGAACACUUGAAUGGAACUCAAUCAAUUUUUGAGGCCCAUACAGCAGUCUUUCAAGUGCAGGGGCUCCUGGUUUGAAGUGUGUAAGGAAGUAGAUGAGAGGAAGGGGUUGAUGCAAGGAGUCUUUAUGUCCUUUUUAAUGGAUCUUCAUUGAGGGACAAAAGUGUUAACGCACUUCUAUAAAGUAGCCCUUUUUUGUAUAGUGGUUCUAUCUAUCCCCUCCCCCUGUGUACCGCCACCCCCUGGCCCGAAAAUCAAUGUUGUGUUUUAGACCCUCAACCUUUACUUUCAUUACAUACAAUAUUGAUUUGGGGGUGGGGGGAUUUAGGCCGUUUAAACGGACUGAAAUAAAAAAUGAAUGAAAUUGUUGUGUUGUAGAAUUUGGUGAGUUGUAGACAAGUAUGUCAACUACUUUUGUCCCUAUUUUGUCGCUAUCUACUAUUGUUAUUUGAACCUGCAACAUCCCACUCUACAGUUGAGCACUCUAUUGACUGAGCUUGCCCUGCCACAGUCUAGACAUCCGGUUUAAUAUGGUGCGGAAUGAAGGACUUUUCAUACUUGAUUGUUGCCAGUUUUAGCAACCCAAAAAUGGGUUGCUGCUCUUAGACCAAUCAAAGUAGCUCCUCAGAACCCUUGGGGAUAAAGUUGUCGCUCACAAGUAAGGACAUCGAAAUGAACAUUGGGUUGAUUAGAAAAGUGUUAUAUGAUUCUCUCGACGCCAGUGGAUAUUCUGAUUGUCUCAGGAAAACAAUCCAAGCAUAUACAGCUGUAUCUGUGUUAUCUGUCAGGGAGAGAUGUUUUUGUGUCUGCUUCAACCCAAGCUGGGAAAACUCUGACUUUUGAGCUGGCUCCAUAUGCUUUUGAUCAUUUUAAUAUUAGGCGAAGAUUGCAAUGCCAUAGCCUGCGAAAACAGCUGUUUCUCCCCACUCCUCACCACUUAAAAUGUUCAGCAGGAGCAACACCCAUGGCAGCGAGGAGCAAGGAGAAAUGGGGAAGACCCCCAGCCCCUCCUCCACAUAGCUCCUGAUUUUUCUUUUGGAAUUCAAAUAAAAAUAAAAUUUCCUACUUCCACAUUCAUUAACUGAAAAUUAUGGUAAACAAAUUAAUGGUGCCUGGUGUGAAUCAUGCAUUAUUUUUUUAACCUGUUUCAAUGGUUUUUUUUUUUAUCCAUAGAAUUAAGUGCUAUUGAUAGCAGCAACCUCAGCUGGAGAAAAUGUUCAAGAAAAAGUGCCGAGAAGAAAGGAAAUAAUUGCACUAAAAGGUCUUCAAGUUCAUUAGUGGAUGAAAUAUUAAGAAGGAACAAAUUCAAGAAUAACAAGAACUCAAGUUCAAAGUUAAAAAAUGAAUUUACCUGUCCCUGUCAAAAGUUACAGAACUCAAUGGACUUUGGUGCAAGUUGGUAAGUGUGUGUCACAUGAAAAAAAAACUAGAUUCCUAAAAACAAAAGGGAUCGGAAUAAGUAGACUUUGCCCAGAUGUAGGCAACACUCACUGUUUUUGUAUUUACCACUUUUUCACCAUCAUGUUUUAAAAACUAUAUAUAGGUGUUUUUAUUAUAGCAACUUACACAGGUAGGCAAAAUUGUCUAGAGAGGUCCACAAAAACUGCCUGGAAGCCAAAAAAACCCCCCAGCCCUCUUUAUCCCCCCACCCUCAAACAGAGGAAAUACUCUAGCAGAGUUAUUAAGGUUAAUAAGUUGUAUGUGAGGCAGGCCAUGAUGUAAGCAAAAGUAUAAGAAAAAAACACAGGUUUUGGUAUUGUUAUGUUCAUGCUUAUGCUUAGGUCAAAUCUGUUCUCACUAGCACAUAAUCUAAUAAUUAUGCUUACAUCACUAGUGAGGACUAUGCUAAGCAUACAAACAAUGCAUAUGUAUACUUAUACUGGCAUAGCUAGUGAGGACCAGGCUUUAGUGUCUAAGGUCAAUUUGUGUUACAUAAAUAAGGGGAUGGGGAAAAUCAAAUUUUUAACUGGAAUAAAAUAGUAAACAGCUUUGUGUCCUCUGAUUGGCUUGAGAGUGGCUGUGUGAUAAUAUACAGUUUCACAAUGUAAUUAGAGGUAAAUGAAUGGAUGUUAAAUCCCAAGCAAGUUUCUUUUUCCAUAAGCUUGCUUGCUAUGAGCUUUGUCCAACAUUAUUUAACAGCACGAGGUUAAAGAGGAAGGAAAUUACUCCACCCUAAAAAAUGUUUAAUUGGCAUUAGGUAGUCAACUUAAAUAUUCAUGCACAAUAGCCUUAUCUACUGCAAUAUCAUUUCUUUCUUUAUUUCGUUUUGUUUAUUAUUUUAUUUUAUUUUACCUCCGAAUUUUUAUAGUAUUUUAUUUCUCUUUUGGUACAUGUAGUUAAUGUUGUGUUUAUUGUAUGUCAAUUUUAUCUUUGGUUGAAACUUCAUUUACCUGUGUUUUAAUUAACUUACUAUUUACAAGCGUGGGCAAAGAUUAUGACUGAGAACAAAUCCAACAAGUGACCAGAACGGGACUCGAACCCAGAACUGCUGGAUUGCAAGUUGGACAUGCUGAGCACUCGGCCACACUGCCUCCUAGUAAACCAAUGGUAUACAUGAGUCAGAUGCUGAACGAAGCCCCUCUGGCAUUAAUGUUAGUCAAAAAUUUUGUGUAUGUUGUUGUUACAGUAUAAAUUACUUUGAGGAUGAACUAAAAACUGUUCUUUAUAGGAAUAAAAUGACGUCAGAUGACCAAGUUGAGGCAGUUGAAUUGCUAACAAGAGUUGCUUCAGUAACAAUGGGACUUAGAGAGCAAAUGGACAUCAUUAGAAUUAUAAACCCUGAGGCAACAGUUCUGCCAACAGACACAGAAUUUGAAAUAGGUACAAUUGUAUUAUUAAUUUUUUUAAAGUAAUGAUUUAUUAUGUUUGUCAUACUUGUUUGCUUAUCCUAACAUGAGAUGCUUACAGUAUCAUGUGGCAGUCCCUACCACUGGGGUUGAAUCCCAGGAGUGGUGGGUGGUGGUGGUGGGUACUCCGUUAUAUAAGCCAUAUACAGUAUUUAUUUGAAUAAAUGCCCAACCUCAAAUUAGUGCCCACCUCGAAUAAGCGCCCAUCCUAAAGGCAGAAAAAGUUAAUAAGCGCCCAUCCCCACCCACUUGGGUGACAAUGAGAUUGAAAUUGAAUAAGUACCAAUAUAAAGAGACUUCCCCAAAGACGGAGUUUUCUUCAAGGAGGGGUAGUUUACAGAAACCUUGCUUUGUUACAUCUUCGCGUUUCGUUAUUACCAUUUAUUGUUUUGUUGCAAAAUAAACAUACUAUACUUGCUGAAAACGGUGAAAAUUUAAUAAGUGCCCAGCCUCGAAUAAGUGCCCACCUCGAAUAAGCACCCACUCUCAAGGUCCAAAAAUUUAAUAAGCGCCCAGGGCGGUUAAUCGAAUAAAUACGGUAGGUAUGUGCUGUGCCAAAGGGUAUGGUUUUUGUGAUGUUUUGAUCUGGAAACUGGUAUAGACUUUGCCCAUUUUGUUCUGUAAGUGGGUAUGGUUUUUGAGGUAACUACUAAUUCAAUUCCUAACUAAUACAGAAAAUUAAGAAGAAGGAAAGAGUAAUAUGCGAAUUUGAUGAGGAAUUUAAGAAAUCUUUUCCUUGGCAUUCCAAUCUAAGUAUUGGUGACAUAAUUUCUGUCUAUGUAAACAUGCAUUCUGUAUUUUUUACUUCUUCCGGGUCUGAAAACGGGCGUGGAAAAUGACACUUUUUUGGCUGAAUGAUUGUUAGCAUUUGGACAAUUGGGUGGCACACCCAACCAAGAAUUUUUAGGAGUACCCUGGGGGGUUGAAUUUUCAAUUAGCUGAUUUUAACCAACUCAGGGCUACACUUUUGUGGCAGCUUUCUAUCUCUUACCUUGGCCAAACCAGGUGCAAAUGGUAAACACAACUCAGGACUCAUUCGCAUGAAAUAAUCAGUGCCAUUUAAUGGAAAAUAGCUGUGAAAGCCUGAUACUGGUAUCAAAGAAAGAUUGAAGAAAUGGAACACUGGUUUCUCUUUAUUUAAAUCAUUCCAAUCAGAAAAACAGGACUAUACCUUUUCAGACAAUCUGUUGCUCUGGGAAAUUUUCCAGUGAAAUGACCUUUGAAGUAUGCAGUGUUCCUGUUAAAAAUGUCUAGUUUCCAACCAGAAUUUCCAGAAACAUUUUGUAACGGUAAACCUAGCGUACCUUUAAAUCCUGGUCACCAGGGAUUAAUUUUUAAAGCUGUCUGGAUUCCAACAUUUUUUCUUAAAGCACAACCUUAUAGUUGUAAUACUCAAAGUGUGGUCGGCUAAGUUUCCUUUCUCACACUAGCUACUUGCCCUUCACAUUCACACUUCAAAACCUGCCUCAGUGACCCAAAUACAGUAAAAACCUGCGCAGGAGAACCUGUUAGGCUAAGAUUGUCCAUUUAGACCUCUUUCACAUUAGAACCUAUUUUAGCCUACAAUUUUGAAACAGGUUUUUUUUUGAGAAAUUUCGUCAAGCACUGAAUACACAAGUACCAUGUUUGACCCAGCUGCAACACUGAGUACCAUGUUUUAAUGUCUACAGCUUUUGUUCUGCUUAACGUGCGUGGCUUUGUAUAAACUUCAUAAAUUGCUUUAACAAUGCUUGGGUUAAAGGGAUUUUUACAAUAUAUUAUGCAUGCAAUACCAAAAAUCGGGCCAAAAUCGGCCACACGUAACAAUGGCAAACACCUUAUUUAUUUUUAAAAACAGGAACCUGUUUAAGAACCUGAGCAGCCUAAUUUUCCAGUUGGCACCAUUUUUGUAAGAACCUUCUUAGCAUAACUUGGGUUCUUAUAUGCAGGUUUUUACUGCAAUGCGUGCUGUGCAUGAGACUAAACAAGACCAUGCCAGGCUUGAAGCUUAUCAAGAGGAAGGGGGUAUUCUGUUCAUUUGUGUAUGGUUUAAGUUUUGUGUGGUUGUAAAAACCUACUGCUUGAAGAAAUGCUAGCAAAUUACAGAAAUUUGUUAAAGGUAUCAACAUUUUCCCUAAUCUUGUCAAUACUUUUUUUUAUUUUUCAGACUUAGAUGCGUUUGAUGAUGCAAAAUUCAGUAGAAUACGUGACUAUAUUUCAGAGCAUCUUUCCAGAGAUUCUUGUCUUCUUUGCUUAGGUAAUCUUAUUUGCACAGACCACAUUAUGGCUUCAAAUUUGUUUUUUUUUUUCUGAAUUAUAGUAGAACUUGUAAAAUGAACAUGAACACAGUGUCCCCUGAGGUGUCUAUGGUUUUGUCUGUUAAUUAAAAAUUAUAUGAUUACAGUUUUUUUAUUCAUUUCUUUCAGAUUCACAAUCAGAAACGUGUGGACAGAAUUCCAGUUUUUCUCAUAGAAAACAUUCCAAGGUAAGAGAGAGAUAGCUACUGCUUCUGUAGUCAUAAAUGAUGUUAACUGUACACAAACUUAUUUAUUUUGAUUGUGAUAAAGCAAUGUCAUUGCCAGCCUCACAGGGAGGGUUUACAAGAAAAUUGAAUACAGCAAGAUAACAACCUCAAAAUAACGAAGGGGCAAUUAGGGACUGGCAAAAUGUGUUAGCUAUAACAAGGUUUUGUCAUGAGGUUUCACUGUAUUAAUAUUGAUAAUAGUAGUAAUAAUCUUAUCAACAAUAUUUAAUUAUUGAAUUACUGGAGGGCAGGAUUGUAACUUUGGAAAAGUUUAGCACACCUUUUUAUUAGUCAAGCUGGCUUUUUUGCUUGCAGUGUAACUGCACCUUAAAAAUUACCCCAUGUCUUCUUUUUAGAAUAUUGUGAUUUGGUAAACUCUCUUUCAGAUAGUGAAAUUUUGCCGGCAGCCACCUCUUAGCGAAAUCUAUGGGUGUAAGUUGUUGAUGACACUCCUUUCACCCACUCCCUUACCUCUUGCAGCUUCCCAUUAUCCUAGCUUCCCACUUCCCUUCUCCACUGAACCUGUUGUCAGGGGUGAGUGGCGCUAAUGUACACUCAUGUACUGCUAUGUUACCAACUGUGAGUUUGUUUUACUGACAGAGGAAACCAAGGGGAACUCUAAGCAUGAAAAGAAUUUCAAGAAAAUCAUCAAAACGUAAAAGCUUGCUUAAGCGGGUCCAUCGGCAAAUGAUGAAAGAACAAAGAAGUGGCCUUUUUGAGAAUGAAGAGGUAAGACAAUGACAUCCAUUGAAAAAUAAUCAUCUGGUCAGCAGAAAAGCUUUUUUUUAAGAUACCCUAUCGUGAGUGUUAUAGUUCUGGAACCAUUAAAAAUGACUUCACUUCACUCUCAAAACUGAUUUAAUUUUUUUAAUUCUUUUUUCAGGUAAUUUCACUGAGCUCAAGAAAUGAGGAGGAAUCCAAUGACUUGGAAGUUGACAUUCUCUGUUAAUUUCUGCUUUUUAAUCUGAAAAAUCAAAUAAACUCGAGUUUUAGAUUAAAUGUAUUUGUUUAUUAGCAGUACCACUUUUUUUCCAAUUUUGGC